UCCCGCCUUUCUCCCUUCAGAACCGCAAUCUCGAGAACUCUUCCAAAGACGUAAUGGAAUUCAAUCUUGUAUGGUCCGUGGAUACUUCGAAAGGAGUAAGCUCGUUGCAAACGGCCACCGAGCAACAGCAGCCACGACAAAACCUUUUCCUAAAUUCAAAACAUUUCUUACCAUGACUCGAGGGGAUGUCAUAGAAUUGCUUCUACGCAGCAAUGACUGCCACUUUCCGCACGAGGAGCAGCAAGUGCGAUCCAUCCUCCUCGAGACCCAAAGCCAGCUGGACAUGGUCGAGAGGAAGAUAGAGGUUCUCCAGGCAGUUCUUGAUACUCUUUGCGACCAAAAGACCCUCUUGAAGUCGCGUAUCAGGAGGCAAAAAAUGGCCCUCGCUCCCAUUAGGAAAAUCCCCGCAGAACUCAUUGCUGAAAUUUUCUUGCUCGCCGUCGCUGAAGCUACCGCUAUAUCUCCCAAUGGCCAAUCUUAUUCUUCGGCUGCCAAUACUGUGCCAUUGCGGCUGAGCCACGUAUGUCGCAGCUGGAGGGAGACCGCACUCUUUUUGCAACCGCUUUGGACACAUUUGUACCUAUCUUCUGACCAGAAACAUGGAAGCGAAAUCCUGCAGACGUGGCUGGACCGUUCCGGGCAGCGUGGUUUGUAUUUCCAUGUAAAACUUACAUCCCGGCCUACUCAUGACCGGCAGAACCUUGUCCAAUCGUUGAUUGCCCAUUCUCAUCGAUGGCACACUAUGCAUUUGUAUGCCAACGGCAGAACCUUGGCGUGUUUUGGAGUCAUCCGGGGUCAUCUUCCUCUCCUCACGGAAGUUAAACUUGCUAUAUCGAAUCCCGAGGAUAUCGCAGGCAGUGUGACCGAUAUUUUCGCUGACGCACCUCUCCUCCGUUCCUUCCAUAUCUCCAGCCAGGAGUUUUGGAGAACUACCCCCAUCUUCCAAGUGCCCUGGAAUCAGCUCAAUGCUUACUCCGUGGAUGACGCGGGCAUCCAUGAUUGUAUACAGUAUCUGAAUCAAGCACCCAACCUCGCUGAAUGCCGGCUACUUUCUCGCUUCGCUCCUGUUAUACCAACUGUUAUGGUGGUGCACGAGCAUCUUCGCAGUCUCUCACUGUGCGACUACAGACUGUUGAAUCACCUCCAUGCGUCACAGCUAGAAGAACUGGAGGUGAAGUGGAUGUCGCAGGAGAUAUAUCCGCUGUACCAGGCCAUCGAAGAUUUUGUGGCUCGGUCGUCGAGCAACCUUACCCACUUCACGCUAUGCGAGUGGAACAGACAGGAGACAGCCAUUCUAGCAUCUGAAAUUAUACCGGUGUUCCAAGUGUUGCCCAACAUCAUCAGCCUAACACUUCGUAAUUUCGUCUGGAACGAUGAUUUAUUUCCCCCAUUGACGAUAUCUUCCAACCAAUCAAUAAUUCUUCCAAAGAUGCAAGAUCUCCAUCUCGAUUUGCUAUUCUCUCAUCUACAACCUCGUACACGAUCACGCCCCGAGCGCCUUCUUGACAUGAUUGAGUCGAGAUGCACCGUUCCCAGUGGUGUCGUAAGGCUCAAUACAGUGUUCCUGAGACUAAAUCAGUCCUUGUUUGAUUCUGACUGUUCUGGUUACUCUGACGAAGAACAGCGAAGAAUGAUCUAUCGCAUAAACAUACUGAAGGAGGUUGGAAUGAAGAUAGAAAUUGUAUAGAGAUUAUCUACGGUGAUUACUGUUACGUUUCCGGACGUUUCAGUACCAAUGAAA